GCAUUCCAUUGAUUAUUGCACUACUUCAGAGCGUACACAUAACCUAAUUCCAGUUGUCAAAAUUGACGUUUUGCCUUGUAAUUUUAGGCAUAUAAAUAUCGGUAUUUAUAAUUAUUUGUUGUAUACACUGAAAUACAGUUCUUGAGUUUUCAAGUGAGUAUUCAAAAUGGGAACUAUUGAGUUGUUAGAGGAUAGAAUUGCUCACUUGGAAAAACAAAUAUAUGGUCUUAUGAAGGCAAAUCAAGGCAAUGAUAUGCCACCAGAAAAUCCUAUGACUGACCAACUUUCGAAUGUAAACACAUUAAUCUCAUCUGCAAUGUCAGGACGAGAGAAAGCAAAUGCUAUGAUGAAACGGUUACCAGAGCUAAAUAGUUAUUUAGAUCCAGAGUUUGAAAGUGUAGAGAUACCUACAGAAGCUAAACUCCAAUUGUUGCUAGCAAUGGCACCAGAGAUUCAAAGAAAUUAUGAAUUAUUACAACAGAUGCAGGAGUUAAUGCCUGUAUUAGAAACUGACUGUUUAAGGGAUGUGCCAGAGUUAUCGAACAAACUUAAUAAUUUAAAUUUAUCAUACCUUAAGUUGUACGAAGAAAGUCAAGGGUUAAAUAAUCAUAUAAAUGAAAUCUUUUCUAAGUACAAUGAAGUGAUAACUAGCAUUUCUGAAUCGUUAAUUGCUAUAGAUGCUACAGUAACAGCAGCUGAAAUUGCAGCUAUGCCUAAGAAACAAUUAGAUUAAGAAUGUAUUGUAUAUAUACAAUAAUAGUUAACUGAUGGUUUUAAGAAUAAAAUUCUGUGGACUUGAAAAAA